UUUUUUUCUCAUUUUUUUUGCGCAAUUUCUCAUACUUUUUUCUAGUAUUUAUUCCAUUUUUUCUUAGUUUUUUUAAAAAUGACUGCCGUUGGAUUUUCAAAAAUUUUAACCCCCGUUGGAAUUAUUUUUCACCUUCUACUAUUUUUCACCUCCUUACAAAUCUCUGUCAAUGCCGAAAGUGUUGCUCAGGUUCCAAAGGAAUUGGCAGGCGAAGGAAUGGGCAAUGCAGGAGUUAGGGCUCGGCUCUCUCAACUAGGUGUUAACUACAUUGCAACAUUUUUGAAGGAUAUUUUGAUUCAGCAAGUUUUGAGUGUUACUCCGGAGAAUGAAGAAUUGACUGUUCAAUUUAACGACACUAAGGCAAGACUAACGGAUCUUGUUUUAUCUGUGCAACAUGGACCUGGCCCGUUGAAGACAAAAACAGAAGCACCUUCUCAAGUCAAUAUUGAACUGCCCGAAAUUGCGUUUGAGUGCAAGGCAACACUUGCCGAUGGCGGUAACAACAAAAAAGUCAUCUUUCAUGUUGACACUUCUACCUUGUUUUUAAAUGUUUCUUCACUUCAUCACCCUCAAGUUUGUUUCUCUUUUCCUAAUUUUUUAUUUUAUUUAAAACAGGAUAAGCACCCUUGCCCUUUGGGUUUGUUAGUCGAAGAUCGGGGGUUUCCGGGGAGAGCAUGUCGUGAUUUGGGGUUGGGGGUGACUUUUGGUUCGUGGGACGGAGUGUGUCAACUACAUUUGGACAAUAAAGCUUUGAGUAUAUCUUUGGAAGGAGAGGGAGGAGCAAAUAAUAAUGAAAGAAAGGCAAUAUUGACAGAAUUGGGACCUGAAUUGCUUCAACAGUUGACUUGUUCUCGUAUUGUUUAUGUUAUUGAAGAGCGUGUAAAUCAACGCUUUGCUUUGCUUCCAUCAAAACUUAAUUUAGCCCAAUUAAAUAAUAAUUUUAUUGUUGAAGAUUUGCUUAAAAAAGUUGAAGCUGUGAGGCAAAGGCAGAGGAGAGCAGAACCACCAAUUCAAACUUCUAAUGAAAACGCUCCCGUUGAUCCUGAUCUUUUUGCAAGUUUCAAUGUAUCUCGUGCUGACAAGCUACUUCUCGAUUACACAAUAAUUGAUGUUCGUGCUGACCAUCGUGGUGUAGAAGUUGACAGUAGUGGAGAGGUUUCAUUACGUGGAAGAGGAGGAACGCCUUUUGGUCCAAUGACUUUAACUUUGCCAUUACUUGCUAACGAGGAAAAUAUGUUACAAAUGCUGGUCUCUGAUUUUAUGCCAAAUUCUCUUUUAUAUCAUGGACAUUCUAUUGGACUUUUUAAUGCUAGAGUUGAUACAAAAACUCCACAUUUUGGUUCUUUAAUGCGUACUACUUGCCCGGCUUCAACCGGUCUUCUCUUUUGUUUAGGGGAUUUCUUCCCAACUUUGAGACGUUUACAUCCUGAUCACAGUCUUGCAUUACUCUUUUCUACCCUUCAAUCCCCAGUAAUUAAAUUUCGUCCACAAUCAGCUGGGGGAAUAUCAUUUUCUCUAGUUGGAAGAAUUAUUAUGAGUUUACUUGAAGGAAAUUCUACAAAAACUAAUAAAAUGAAGGAAACAGAAGUUGCUCAAAUGCAAAUAAAUGUCAAUGCACAUAUGAAAAUUAAAUUGAGUAGCACAACAGUUAGACCAAAAAUUACUUUGGAUAAAAUUUCUUUGAAAACCUUAACACCUGGAAUUUUGGCACAAGAAGAAUUGGAUAGAUCUGUGCUACUUUCUAAAGAAGUUCUUCAACGAAUGGUAAACGACAUUCUUCGUGGAGGUAUUCCAAUACCUGUUCAUCCUUUACUUCGUUUACAUCGACCAAAAGUUAAAAUUCAAGAUCGGGCAUUACUUUUAUUAACAAAUGUUGAAUUUAAUGAGCCGUUAAUACGUCAAAUUGUUGGGGCUAGUUUAGACAUUAAAAGAGGGGUUUAA